AUGCAGCCCCUAGAUCUCCCCCCGGGAGGUGGGGAUGGCCCGGGAGGGGCAUCUACCCUACCCGAGGAGCCUACUGUGCCUCGUCCAGGUAGAGCCUGCGCGUCGACGGAAAGCGACGAGAGUCGAAUGACUCAGCCGGUGGAAGAGGCAAGGCCGGGCGCCAGCAUAUCGGCCUUACUACCGCUUCCAGGGGCCAUCCAGGAGGAUUCACAGGGACCGACGGCUGAUGACGACCACCCCAUGCUCGGUGACGAAGGCAUGCCGAUUGGAUGCCUUGGCACAGCCGGUCCAUUUGGUGACAGGUCCAACGGGACCGCGCCACCGGCAGCUCCUGAGCCCGACCCCACGGACGGCCAGUCGCCCUCCCCUCAUCCGCGACAGGCCCCCAUCCGGCGGGUUUCGUCAGAGGCCAUGUUUUCUGCUUUGGUUGGGGACAUGAAGGAAUCACCGAAUGUCGGACACGUCGAGGCCUGGAUCCAAACGAUCAGGCAGCUUUUCGCGGAGGCCUACGCGACAGUCCCAGUUCUUUCCGAGGAGCUGCCGGCGGAUAGAAAACGUUUCCCGACUUUGAGUGAAGCCGAAGCUACCAGUCUACUAGGCUUUUUUUGA